AUGGCAAGGGUCUUAACAAUUGUCAUGCUGGUCUUUGUGUCCAUGGCCGGAUGGAUGUUCGGUGCAGACACAGGAUCGAUUGGUGGUAUCACAAAUAUGCGCGACUUUCAAUCUCGAUAUGCAGACAAAUAUGACAAGGAUACAAAUACCUACUCUUAUUCUUCCGCACGUCAAGGUCUCUUAACCGGUAUGGUCAACAUUGGAUCCAUGACAGGCUGCAUUCUAUCCUCACCAUUUGCUGACCGUCUCGGUAAGCGUAACUCUAUUCUCUUUUUCACCUGUGUUUACCUCAUCGGUAUUAUUGUACAACUCACAACGCUCCCUUCUUGGGUACAGUUCAUGGUCGCAAAGAUGUGGACUGGUCUUGGUAUCGGAGCUCUCUCUGUACUAGCUCCCGGGUAUCAAUCUGAGGUUGCACCAGCUGCGAUGCGUGGUGCCAUUGUCACUACCUACCAACUUUUCAUUACCGCCGGUAUUUUCAUCGCCGCUUGCAUUAACAUGGGUACCUAUAGACUCGCAAAAAGUGCUUCUUGGCGUGUUCCUAUUGGAGUUAACUUGCUCUGGGGUCUCAUUACUCUAGUCGGGAUUCUUUUCCUCCCCGAAUCCCCUCGUUAUUUAAUUUCUGUUGGCAGAGACGAAGAAGCUUUGCAGAUUAUGUGUAAGAACAAUGACCUCCAUCUUGAACACGAAGUGAUUCAAACUGAAUACCAAAUGAUUAAAUCGGAUUGUGAUGCUGAGUUGGCUGGCGGUCCUGCUAAAUGGCCAGAAAUCUUCAGCAAAAAUAUCCGCUACCGUACUUUCCUUGGUAUUGGCGUCAUGUCUCUCCAACAACUUACUGGUAACAACUACUACUUCUACUAUGGUACUCAAGUAUUCCGCGGCACUGGUAUGACCUCUCCUUACCUAUCGGCACUAAUCCUUGACGCUGUAAACUUCUGCUGCACCUUUGGAGCUCUUUACGUUAUGGAGCACUUUGGUCGCCGUAUGCCUUUGAUUAUUGGUGCACUUUGGCAAUCACUUUGUUUCUUUAUUUACGCCGCAGUUGGAGAUCGUUGCUUGUAUCAAUCUGAUGGAUCUACUAACCACCGAGCUGGUACUGUGAUGAUUGUUUUCUCCUGUUUCUUUAUUUUCGCUUUCUCUCAGUCUUGGGCUCCCGGCGCGUAUGUUAUUGUUGGUGAAUCGUACCCUAUUCGUUUCCGUUCCAAGUGCGCUGCAGUAGCAACUACCGGUAAUUGGUUUUGGGGAUUCUUGAUUUCCUUCUUCACUCCCUUUAUCACUAAUACAAUUGGUUUCAAAUAUGGCUACGUCUUUGCUGCUUGCAACCUGUGUGCUGCUAUUGUCAUCUUCGCCUUUGCUCACGAAACCAAAGGUCUUACGCUGGAAGAGAUCAACCUCGUUUAUAUUUCUGGUCGCAAGCCAUGGUCGCCCCGUCCCAAGAACAUUGCAAGUUACUCUGACCAGCGUAAGGAAGCUUUGGCAGGAGACAAGCAUGAUGAUGUUGACCAUCUGGAAACCUUUACUUCUGACAGUAUGGAAAAUGCUUCGUCUUCUCAUUCGAAGCCCAAGUCGAAGUUUAUCGACCAUAUCGAGCAGGUAUAA